CGGAUGGCCUUAAGCCGUCCUCCGCCCGCAGUGUCGGGCGCCUCCUCGCCUUCCUGCUUCAACUCUCCCCCUUGCGCGAUCAGAGGGAAACCCUAAUCUUUUCCCUCCUCGCCGCCGGAGCCAGCCGUGGGGGAGCUCGGUCCCGGGGGUCCUGUGUCGAUCCUUGGCAUCUGGGGUUCCGAGAUGGGCGAUCACAAGGAGGUCUUUCGCUCCCUCCGAGAACUCUUCCCUCAGGUGGACCAACGGAUACUUAAGGCCAUUGCCAUCGAGCAUUGUAAAGAUGUUGAUUCUGCGGUGAUUGCUGUCCUUGAUGAAGUCAUGCCGUCUAUGAUUGGUUCGGCGGGAGUAUCGUCCACUUAUCAUGAGGUCGUGCCACCUAUGGAUGAUUCUGCCACGAAUUUAUUUGCUAAUCACAGCACACGUGAAGUGGGAAGUUCAUCAUCUUCCGGACAUGAUAUGCGUGUUGAUGAGGUUGAUGGAAGUGUUCAUUCUGCACAACACACAUCAUCUGUGGAAGUUAAAACUGGUACACAAGAAAUUGUAGACAGCGAACUAUAUGUGGGAAGACUUACAUCGAUACAAGGGAUGAAUGAAGAACUAAAUUUACCUUCCCAUCCUAUCCCAAAUGGUAAUCAGCAUGACUUGAUUCCUGACCUUGAUGUGAGAUAUUCAAAUCCCAGUUCCGAGAGAAAGUUGGCUAACUCGGAUAAUGAAGUUGGAUAUGGUGGAUAUAUAUCAAGUGAAUGUUUUUCUCAAUCACGGAUUGGGGAAAAGGGUGGUGACAGCAUAAGUAUUAAAGCUACACAACUCCAUGAACAAGAUUCUAAUAAUAUAAUUUCAGUUAAGGAUUGCAUUCCCCAGAACAAUUCAUUGAAUUUCUUUAGUGGUUAUUCGGACAUAAAUGAUGGUUUUGAUUCCUUCUUCUCCAACCUUUGGGCUGUUGCUUCCAACAAUGAAGUAUCUUCUGGAAUUCUGAGUGCUGAAAAAGGUGCUUUUGCCUCCGUUGUGGAUGUUCCUUGUCCAGAUACAGAAGUAUCUUCUAUUGGGGCUUCUGGAGUUGUAGAACAGAAGAAUACCAACAACUCUGGCACUGGUUAUGACAAGCAGCCAUCAGGGGAUGUAAUUGAGAAUGGUGACAUACUCUUGUCUUCUAAAACAGAUAUGCUUCCUGAUCUUAAUUUGAAUCACUUUUCUUCUACGGCUUCAACUCAUUCAAGCCAUUCUGAUAGUAUUCAAUCACUUGAGGAUUCUAUUGUUGAUGCCAGAAGCAAUAAGAAUGAUCUGUUACCUUCUCUAGAGUUGGUUACGAAAAUGAUAGAGGAUGUAGAGCUUCUUGAAGAAAAGGCUAAAGUAGCCAAGCAUGAGUCAUCUGUUGCGGGGACAGGCAUUCUGACAAAAGUUGAGGAGCUCAAAGAAAUGUUGACUCAUGCAAAGGAAGCAAAUGAUAUGCAUGCUGGUGAAGUUUUAGGCGAGAAAUAUAUUUUAACCACAGAGGCACGUGAGCUUCAAUCUCGACUUCAGAGGCUGUUAGAUGAGAGGAAUAGAUACCUGGUGGUAAUUGAAGAGAUACGCCAAACUCUUGAUGAAAGAUUGGCUGCUGCACAACAAGAAAUUGGAGCAGCUGAGAAGGAAAAGGUUGAAAAAGAGACCGCCGCUCAGGCACUACUUGAUGAACAAGAAAAGAUGAUGAAUUCUAUUGUUGAAGAAUCAAGAAAAUUGCAGAAAGAAGCAGAGGAGAACUUGAAGUUGAAGCAAUUUUUGGUUGAGCGGGGUCAAAUUGUUGAUACGCUGCAAGGUGAGAUGGCUGUGAUCUUUGAGGAUGUCUCGCUGCUCAAGCGAGUGGUGGAUGAUCGCCUAUCGUUGAGCAAGUUGCAACGUUCAACAAUGUCGAGCCUCUCCUCUUCAUUGCAUUCAUCGCUUCACAAGAGCGGGAGUUCCUCGGAUAGGGCUAUUGAAGCAGUUGAGUCUACAGAUAAGCACACAGUUGCUGAAGCUGCAAGUCCAGUGGCUAAAGAUCUGGAUGGCAACGAGAGAAUCGUUGAAGUGUCAGAUGGCAACGACAGUACUGAUAAAGGCAUUUGCAUGCGUCAGGUUUCCAAGGAGGAUGGCUGGGAAUUUCUUGAAGAUGUUCAAGAGUAGCAGGGUUGCCAUUGGAUCUUGAUGAAUAGAGAGUAUAAUAAUUAUGUAUAAUCGUUCUGUUCGCUAAUUUAGUGGAUUUCAUAUGAAUCUGGGAAUUGUCAUGGAAUAGCUGACGGUAGCAGUUAUAAAUCAGAUGAGUUUAUAAUGCUGCUGGAUAUUAUUGUAUAUAUUUGAGAUCCUAGCAUAAUUAUAUAACUGAUUAGUGCGACAA